AUGCCAAAGAACUUUGCACUACCCUCCGCGCUUGAACCAUAUAAGGGGUUCGGAGAUCCCCGAGCCCACGUGAAGAAGUUCCAAUCCAUGAUGUUCUUCAACAGUCCUAACAAUGAGCCCGUCCUCUGCCGGGCAUUUUCUACUUACCUCGAUGGUGCUGCAUUACUAUGGUUUUCUAAGCUGUCUGCAGAUUAUCUCGGCACCAUCAAACAAGGGCAGCACGAGAGCUUGAAGGACUACAUGACCAGACCUGGCAAAUUCUGGGAGACCAUUGCUAUAACAAAACCAAAAACACUAGAAGAAUUCCGGGAAAGGGCGGCAGGUCAAAUAGAGAUCGAAGAACUCCGUGAGGCCCAAAAAUCGGACAAACAACCACAUCGGAGAGAUGAAGAAAGAACUUUCAGAUCACCAGGUAACAGGGAUACUAAGAAGCCUUCCAAGCUCACACCGAAAUACAACACAUAUACCAGAUUCAAUACCAAGAGAGAAAACAUCAUCAAAGAAAUUCUCAACGCCAAAAUCAUAAAGCCACCAGCUCGAGUAGGGAGCUACCAGGAUCAAAGGUUCGUGGAUAAGGGCAAGCAUUGUGCUUUCCACCAGAAGUUCAGCCACACCACGGACGACUACAUUGUCGCAAAGGACCUCCUAGAAAUACUGGCGCGCCAAGGCCUUUUGGACAAAUAUGUCGAGAGUCGGAAAGCCAGAAGAGGAAACUCAGACAGGGAAGAGAACAAACAAACGGUGACAGACAAUAACAAAAAAGAGCAGAUAACUCCUGACCCACCAAGAGGAAUCAUUAGCCACAUAUCGGGAGGGUUUGCAGGUGGAGGUGAAACAAGCUCGGCCAGAAAGCGAAGCUACAGGGCGAUGCUGGCAAUCGAGGGAACCCUACAGUCAAAGAAUGACAAAGACCCAGACGUCACUAUAUCCUUCAACCAAGCAGACUUCAGAUCGGCAAGCCCUAACCUCGACGACCCCGUGGUAAUUUCCAUCCAGGUCGGAGAGCUGUUGGUAAGGAAAACAUUGCUGGACCCAGGUAGUAGUGCUGAUGUUUUAUUUUAUUCUACCUUUAAAAAGAUGAAAUUAUCAGAAAAACUGAUACAGCCCUCCUCGGGAGAGCUAAUUGGGUUCUCCAGAGAGAGAGUCCCCAUCAUGGGACAUAUAUGGCUAAGGACCACAAUGGGAGAGAUCCCUAUGUCGAAGUCCAUUGAUAUUCAAUACCUAAUAGUAGACUGUUAUAGCCCUUAUAAUAUUAUAAUUGGGAGACCCGCCUUGAAUAUAUUUAGAAUGGUGGUGUCCACAUUACACCUGUAUGUCAAGUUUCCAGUGCAGGAAAAAAGAUAG